GUGCCCGAGAAACGCGUCGGCGUCGCUGCCGCUGUCGCGGCUGAUAUUGCUGGCCUGUUGCUGCCUGCUGCUUCGCACUCAAUUUUUCUCUUUUGCGUCGGUCGGUCAUAACGGUUAAGGUGUUCGAAAAACAAAAACAUACAGCGAUCGCGACUCGCGAGUGAUUCUUCUGAAAGUGCAAUAGAAAACCAGAAAAUAUUAUAUAGAAUAUCUGUCAAAAAAUACAGAUAAAAAGUUUAUACAAACAAACCCCUGCCGCAAGAUCGGUCGAGCAAAACAAAAUCUACCAAAAAACCACAAAAAGCGCUUAAAAAUACAUCAAUCGCGAGUGAGUGUGUUUGUGUGUUUCGCGUGUGAUUUUCUAUGUGUGCGUGGGUCGCACUCCUCUGAUCCGUCGGCAUCGGCAUCGACAUCGACAUCCAACGUUCCUUCUUAUAAGCCGAACUAAAGCCCGAACUAAAUCCGAGGCUCUCGGCUGUUUCUUGUGUGUGUGUUUCCUUUCGUUCGCUUUGUUUCAGGCACGUAAUCUGUCGGCGCUCUUCCCCUCUCUGUCUCUAACCACGGUUUCGCGUUUACGGGCCCUAAUCAACCUGCUGAUCCCCUCCAGAGACACUCACGUAUACCGUACACCGAAAGAGAAAGAGAGAUAGCUAUCCUGCUUCGAUCAAGAUUAUGCGCCUAAUUUGAAGCUGUAAUUAAUUUGAAGAUACCCUAAUAAAAAGAGUGAACGAACACCACGGCGAAGCGGAUAACCAGAGGCAAAGAAUAGAAUCGAACCACACGAAAUUCAACCUUCUACCACAUUUUUGAGGGGCGUUUGUCUAUACCCGGCGCUAUUUUAUUAACCCCCCCACCGCCGAUGCCUUCACAAUAUGGAAUUGGCGAUUUGUAAAACAGAUCUAUCUGCCACGAAGUUUAUGCUGCCACCACCAGCGUUGCCCCCGCAAGCCACCGCCAUUGCCACCGGAGGACCCGACCACUCUGCGUCGUCCGUUGCACAGUUUUCCUUCCACCACAACCUCAACGAACUGUUCAACGGCUUCAGCCACAACACUUUGUGCCACAAUUCCACAUUCAGCAUUCAUCCAUCGGUGGUGCCAUCGAUCCUGAACAGCAAUAACACCACCAGCAACAUGAGGCUCAAAAAGAACCGAAAAGUCACAUUUCUAUCGAGUUUAGUGGAGUCGAAGAACAUCUUCAUCAAAGAGGAGCCCAUCAAUGGGUGCAAGGAUUUAUCGGAUAUUUCAGAUCAUGAGGCCUCCUUAGUUUUUUCUCACAUUGACCGGAUGAGCAGCUGCUGGGGAGAUCUGUGGAACUGGGGAUCAGAUGUGCCCACUGCCUUGCCACCCCUCACGCCGGGCACCAAUCGCAAGGUCAACGAGGUGCUCAAGGCCAGCUUUGCCUCCUGGGAGAAGGAGGUGCAAAAGUACAACAUAACCAAAGAUCCCCGUGAGUGGACGGAGGAGCAUGUCAUCUAUUGGCUGAAUUGGGCCAAGAACGAGUUCUCGCUGGUCUCCAUGAACCUCGAUCCCUUCUACAAGAUGACGGGUCGUGCCAUGGUCGAGUUGGGAAAGGAGAAAUUCCUGGCCAUCACGCCGCCCUUCACCGGCGACAUACUGUGGGAGCAUUUGGAUAUCCUACAGAAAGAUUGCGAGAAGCCAAAUGAGGAUAUUGUGCACGGCAACUCCUUUGAGUCGUCGGCCACCACUGCCUCGGUCUGUGGAUCGGACCAUCAGGUAGCCCCCAAUUACCCCACGUCGAACACGGGAGCAGAGGGAACACCCAACUCCCAAACGGCGGGGGUCUCCAGUAAUAAUACUAGCAAUAAUACCAACAACAAUAAUAACAACAACAACCGCCUGUCGUCCAUGGAUUAUGGUACGGGAGCGGGGAACAGUGAUAAAAGCAGCUUCCAUCCAGCAUCCUCCCAGCACAAUGGCUACAGCAGCAAUACACAUGAACGACCCAACAACAGCCCGCCCCCGCAGCAGCAACAGCAGCAGCAGAAUCACAACACGAACACGAACAACAGCAGUGGCAACAGCAGCAACAAUUCGAUGCUGCCACCUGCUGUGCAACAGCAGAGCUCCAGCGACAGUAACAACACCAGCAACAACAACAACAGCAACAACACGAAUCCAAGCAACAAUAAUAACAAUAACAACAACAUCAACUACCAAUUGGCCGCCAUUUCCGCCAUAUACCACCAGCAUCAGGUGAAAGAGGAGCCCGGAACGCAGAACGGAAGCGGUGGCGGCAGUGGCGGCUCCUAUGCGUCAGGGCCGAAUGGCAGCCAGAACGAUCCCACCGAUCUCAGUAGCUAUGGCCUGCCACCGCAUCUUGCCGCCGCCUACAGCGGAGGAGCAGGCAGUGGCAGCAGCAGCGGGGGAGGAGGCACAGCCUCCAAUGGGGGUGGAGCGGCGGGGGAUGACAGCGAUUACCACAGCACCAUCUCGGCGCAGGAGCACCAGAGCCAGGCCUCGAGCGGAGGCAACGGCAGUGGCAACAACAGCAGCGGCAACAGCAAUGGCUACGGCAUGGAUGGAAGUCCGGACUUUUACAACUCGUAUGGACGGGGACGCUACCACGACUAUCCGCCAGAGUUCACGCCCUACGAUGCCCAGCCCUUCCAGUCGAUGGGCGCCCAACCGACGGCCAUGGAUCAGUGGGGGGCACACACGCACCCACAUCCGGCGGCAUACAUGAGCACCCUGGGGCUGGACAAGUCGCUGCUCGGUGGCUACACGACGCAGGGCGGAGUGCCGUGCUUCACGGGCUCCGGACCCAUCCAGCUGUGGCAGUUUCUGCUCGAACUGCUGCUGGACAAGACGUGCCAGAGCUUCAUCUCGUGGACAGGCGAUGGCUGGGAGUUUAAGCUAACAGAUCCAGAUGAGGUGGCACGUCGCUGGGGCAUACGUAAGAACAAGCCCAAGAUGAACUACGAGAAGCUGAGUCGCGGCCUGAGGUACUACUACGACAAGAACAUCAUCCACAAGACGGCGGGCAAGCGCUAUGUCUACCGCUUUGUCUGCGAUCUCCAGAAUCUAGUUGGCCACACCCCUGAGGAGCUGGUGGCCAAGUACGAUCUAAAGAUUGAGAAGAAGGAUGUGGACUAGCAGGAGAGCAGCACGGAAGCUGCCUGAACGAUGAAUUGCAGCAGCAGCAGCCGCAGCCGCAGCGGCAGUUGGAGCAGCCGUCGAAGGGGGUUGAGAGUCAGAGCUGCUUCCCGCAGCAGCAGCGGCAGCGGCAGCAGCAGCCACGGAUUGUACUCAACAAAAAACAGAGAAAUAUAUUGUUUAAAUCAGCGUGAUGUUAGCUUUUAAGCAGCAAGCAGUACCACCCACCACACCCACCAGCCCCCCCAAGAACUGCGAUCUUGCAACGAGAUUAAAGUGUUCCCGCCCCGUAAACAGAACCCUUUCCAACCAUCAAUUUGUUAAUUGUAAUUAUUGUGUAAAAAUUAGACUUUUGAAUUAAUUUGAAAUUAAUUUAAAAUAUUCGUACUUGCAUAAGACUAAGAUUUAAGGAAUUUCGUAGUCCCCCCCACCAAAUCCUUCUGUAGCAUCAAGAACAAGAGAAUGAAAAACCAGUUAAAAUUCGAAGAAAAUUCUGUGUGUGUGCGUGUGUGUGUUUGUGUGUGCAAUGCGAAUGCGACGAUUGAUUUAGAGGCCAUAAACAAUAUAUAAAAAAAAGCAAUGUGUCCCCCAAAAAGUGAUAUUAGAGCGCAACAUAUUCUCUGUUGAAAUAAUCAUUUUCUUAACCCACAAGCAACAUUUCAGAAUCAUUCAAUCUUCAAGGUGUAAAUAUUGUAAGAAGAAAGAUGAUGUAUAGGAAGUAUAGGAACCCCCGAACAGCCCCCCUAGUAUUUAUAUGAUAACUACAUAAGCUCUCCCGUCUGUAUCCCUGUAUCUGUAUCUUGUGCGUGCUUCCGUGCGAUCCCAAAAGUUUUAAACAAAAGCAAAGUUGAUCCAUUUAACUAAAGAACUCUUUUAUAUAAAUACUAUAUACAUAUGUAGGAUAUAGUAUCCCAUAGGUUAGGCCAUACUUAAGUCGUAGCUCUUAGAUGCUUAGCCACGUAUUAAACGUAAGCACACAUAUACUAUAUAUAAUACAGAUAUAUAGCAUAUGCGCAUAUAUAUGUAGAGCAAUUCUAAAAUAUUGUAUUUAUAUACAUCGUAAUAUUAAAGAACUAAAAUACGAUAAACACAAACAUUAAAUAAAAGCAAGAAAAAUCAU